CCGCCCGCAGACUCCGGGUCCGGCCGCUGCCCUGCGCGCUCCCCUCCCAGCCGGGCAGUGCGUCCGGCCCGCUUCCCUCUCCCUGCCCCCGGCGCCUCGUGCCCGGUGCUGCUUCAUUGAUGCCUGCAAUCCUCAGGAUGUCAUAGAACUGAGAGCACACAGCUGUUCCACGGGUGAGGACAGAGAGGACGAGAGUCUAUUGGAUGAGUACGGGCAGAUUGGGAAAGCACACUCACCUGCAAAUCCUAUUGGAAAAGAGCCACCUGGGUCAGGUGGAGGCAAGAUGGGCCCCAGGGGCAGGCACAGCACGGCGUCCCCGCUGCCCCCCUCCCAGGGAUCUUGCUUCUUCCUCCUCUUCUGCCUGCGCUUGGGUGCCUCCUGCCCACAGGCCUGCCAGUGCCCUGAUCAUUCCGGGGCGGUGGCUGUCCACUGUAGUGCCAGGGACCUGCAGGAGAUCCCUAGGGACAUCCCAGCUGACACGGUGCUUCUAAAACUAGAUGCCAACAGAAUCUCCCGAGUCCCCAAUGGAGCCUUCCAGCACCUGCCCCAGCUGAGGGAGCUGGACCUGUCCCACAAUGCCAUUGAGGCCAUUGGACCGGCUGCCUUCUCAGGCCUGGCAGGGGGCCUGCGGCUACUGGACUUAUCCCACAACCGCAUCCGGAGGAUUCCGAAGGAUGCCCUGGGCAAGCUGAGUGCCAAGAUUCGCCUGUCCCACAACCCUCUGCACUGUGAGUGUGCCCUCCAGGAGGCCCUAUGGGAGCUGAAACUGGACCCCGACUCUGUGGAUGAGAUUGCCUGCCACACCUCAGCGCAGGAGCAGUUUGUGGGGAAGCCGCUGAUCCAGGUGCUGGACUCUGGUGCCAGCUUCUGCAGCACCCAUCACAAGACCACAGAUGUGGCCAUGCUGGUCACUAUGUUUGGCUGGUUCACAAUGGUGAUUGCCUAUGUCGUGUACUACGUGCGUCACAACCAGGAGGAUGCCAGGCGGCACCUGGAGUACCUCAAAUCCCUGCCCAGCGCUCCCGUCUCCAAGGAGCCACUCAGCCCCGUGCCCUAGCGCCUGCCUCCAGUGGGCCACCACACCUGGCUGCCAUGGCAUCUGCAACAGGUGGAGGUGACGGUGCUCAAGGUGUCCCCAGGGAGGUAUGUCGUACAUCCUGGAAAGCACUUUCACUGCUGGUAUUUGGUCACUGCAGCUCUGGGCUGUCUACACAGCAGGGGAGCUGGCCCAUCUUGAUGGGUGGGGAAACUGAAGCUUAGAGAAAUGGAAUACCUUGCUGGGCCCGAUCCACUUGGGACUUAAGCCAGGCUCCCUGUGAUGCCAGUCUGUGUCCCCUCUGCUUGGUAGCCUUUCCCCAGUGGUGCUAUGGGAAGUGAAUAUGUGUGCACUUAAGGAUGGGGUCCUGGCCGGGAGGGUGGCUGUGGCCUCGUCAGCCAAGGCUCUGCAGUUGAGGUACAGGCUGGUUCUUCACCCAGGACUGGCUCCCUCUGUUUACCUAGUACCCUGAGUACAUCUGAACACAGAGGUGUUGCCCUUUCCCAGAGCAAGGCACUGGUGAUCCAGGGCUUUCUAGAGAGGUCAGCGCAAAGGGCAGCCCGCACUGACCUUUGCUCUGGGAAUGUUUGAGUUGCCCUUGUGCCAAAAGUUCAGUCCAUUAAGUAGAGGAAAACAGAGGAAACAUGAGAAGAGUCCAUCGUGGCCCACCAGGGCAGUGUCGGUGCCCUGCUUCCAGGUACUCCAUCCGUGCCUGGCCAGUGGAAGCCUGCCAGCCCCCGAGGCUCCCGUGCCUUGCUUUUCUACUCACUGAAAUCUAGAGCAGCCUUUUUCAGAGGCGGGGGGACUGGCGUUUGAGGUUUCCACACCCAUCAUCACAAUACUUCUUUUCUCCAGCAACAAGAACUUUCUCUUUUCACCUUGCUGCUAGGAAUCCCAGGGCUGCUUCGCUUUAAUGUUCUUAAGCUAUGUUACUCUAUGUUCAGAGUAGAUGUUACAUUCACCUACACCUAACUUCUGAUUUUAUUUUUACUGUCUUUUUGGAUAAGUGUUUAUAUUUUAAGCUACUUCAAGUAUUUAGGAGGAGCUAAUGAGUAUAGAUUGCAGAUGUUGAGUGUCAGGUAUAGAUGCCUCUUCAAGCAGGAGCUUGAAGCUGGUUAGAAACUGAGUGUGCUUCUGUUUGGAAAUUAUCUUGUGACGUUCAGAAGAAAGAUGAGGCUGUGCCUGGGAUUGUCUCAGCACCACUAUGGUCCCACAGUUCCGCCACCUAGAGACAGGGUGCACAGAGCCAUGUGACAUGGAAAAAAAACAGCUACAGAUCCCAGACCUUGCCCACCGAGUGCCCACACCUACAUUCCCAUGAGCUCAGGCCCCGCCCAUCCCUCCUCCCCUCUGCAGUGGACGCUGCAGGGGACAGGUCUCCUCAGGGUUGGCACUCCCAGUCAGAACUGAACCUUGAGGCUUCUACUUAGGGAACCUGGAUGCUGGUGUCACAACUGUCUGGUCCACAUGGCACAGACGUGGUCAGCAUGUGGUGUCCAGUUUAGUGUUCAGAGAAGGCAGGAGCUAAGAGUAGGAAGAACUGGGUCUGGAAUGUUCUGUCCCAAGGAGAGGAGGCUCUAAGGCCCCCAGCUGAGGGUGUGGGUUAGGACUGGGUACCAUCCUGAUGCUGUGGGGUGCAGAGAAAGUGGCCACGUCUGUCCCAUGAGCAGGGGCACCUCCAGCCUGAUACCCACUGUGGGGGGUGCUGGUGCACAGGACACAGCCAGUUCCUCCUGUGUGUGAUGUGCUGUAUGGAGCAGGUGAGGGAGGGGAGCUGCUGACUGGCCAGGGCGCAGGCUAGGUGGUGUCUGGACCUCUGUAGCUCUUCUUCCUUCAUCCUAGGCAGUGGGGAGGCCAUGUGUCAGGAGCUUGCCACUGACCAGCAGGUCUGCCCCACAGACAUGGCUGUGGUCAGAAAAGAGCAUGGAUGGAAGCUGGGUGGCAAGGUCAGUGUCCCACAGGGAUCUUCAUGUGCUCUCGUUCCAGGAUCGCCCUGUGGGGCUCCUCAGAUGCACAGGGGGUGGGGCUCCUUCUCCUGCUGCCCCACUCACUGCCCCCAGCCCUGGGCUUGGACCUCUCUGGCCCUAGCUGUAUGUCUACAGGGCUUCUGUGCAGACCCUGCUGGGAAGAGGAAGCAGGAGAAGGUCCACAUGUGUGAACCCAGGAGAGAGCAUGUCCUCCUCAAGAAGCACCCCAGGGACCCCAGCAUUCUCCUGCUCACCCAGGCCCCCACCCCUGUGGCCUGAGAGUCGCAGUCCCUGUUCUCCCUCCAAGUGUUCCUGGCAUCCCUCGGGCACAGUGGGUGGUCUGCACCAUGACACCCAGCACUCUCCCUCUCCAAAGCAUAGCUCACUGUCCCAAGUCCCAGCCACCAGGCCCUUGGUUCACUUUCCCUUCCACUAGGCACACAUGGUUGCCUAAGGCGUGGUUCUGAAUUAGUUCCCUGGGCAGAGGAUAGGGCACAGACUGAGGAGGAAAUGGAAUGUUCUGGGCCUGUGGUGGCUCUCCUGGAAGCUCAGUCUUGAACCUCACUCUGCAGUCCUCUCAGCCUUUCUGUGAACCCUCAAUAAAGCCUCCAUGUUGAAACCCAC